UAUAUAUUUUUCCCGCGAGAUUUGGUCUAUGGCGUCAUCAGUGAACGCUUCUUCAGUUUUCUUUCUACCACGUAACUUCCUUUCCGCUUGUACGAAUCUCACCGAGAACACGCGUUUACCUCUUCUGCAAAAUGCGUUACGUUGCCGCUUACCUGCUCGCAGCCCUGGCUGGCAAUGAUGCUCCUCAGGCAAAGGACAUCCAGAAAAUCCUAGAAAGCGUUGGCAUUGAAGCUGAUGACACCCGAAUGCAGAAGGUAAUCUCUGAGCUUGAUGGUAAAAGCAUAGACGAGGUCAUUGCUCAAGGUAAUGGCAAGUUGGCCAGCAUGCCAGCAGCUGGUGCAGUAGCAGCGGUAGCCACCUCUGCUGCGGUUGUCGCUGGAGGAGCAGCAGCCCCGGCUGCAGCUGAAGAGAAGAAGGAAGAGCAGAAAGACUCUGAUGAGGGGUCUGAUGAUGACAUGGGAUUCGGCUUGUUUGACUAAACUUGUUAACCUCAGAAAUAAAAUUUGUAUAAAAUAC